CUACGAAGCCGUCGUCCGCCGUAUUCACCAGGUGUCUGCGGUCAGGAUCGAGCCUGUUAUUACCCUUUUCAGGGGAUAACGUAUUCACCACCACACCAUAUGGGUUCUUCGUUUAAGGAAUCAAGGAUGAGACAUGCAGUUCCACCUUCUAGUGCGUUGCCGAGAGUAGCCGCAAACCGCAGUCGACCUCAAAGCAUGUUAUCGCAAAAUAGUCAGGCUUCAUCUGGGCUAGAAAAUAUCGUAUGGAGGAAUUCGAGCUUCUCAACGAGCACAAUAGAUUCUCACCGUAGACUAACAAUAUCUGGUGAUGAUACUGCUCAAAGAGUGGUAUUGGGUGAAGAACACCUUCAAGAAAGAAUGGAAACGGCACUGAAACUUUGCGACUGGUAUAGGGCUCGGUUGACAUCGCUGGACAAAAGGAAACGUUUGCUUGAACAAGGCUUGGUGGCACUGGAAACAGCAGUCCAUGAGCAAAAACUAAACUUUCUUCGAGCUCAUGUUACAGAGCUCAGUCGACGUAUAGUUUCGCUCAUGGAAACUAAUGAGCGAGGCUUUCCGUCUCAUGCAAACUUCAGCCUUCCUCAACCUUACGAUGACCAACUAGUUUGGUUGCAUCGGCAGAAUUUGAUGCUAAACCAGGUGCUUCUUUAUUUAUCACUAAAUUGUGAUGCUAUUCACUUGCUUUCAGUUCGGUAG